GAAAGGAAUCUUCCAGUCCUGGAUUUAAUAACAAUAAGUACAAUUGGCGGCAAAGAUGAAAUACUGAAGGAAACUAAGUUAAGCUCGUCAACACGACGUCAUGCCUUGCUGGGAACGUUUCUGAAGCCGCUGAAGCUCGAGAGGUUCCCGCGACCUUUUGUUAUCGGUUUAACUGGUGGUAUUGCAUCCGGGAAGACGAGUGCCGCAAAAUUUCUUGCUCAGAAUAAUUGCGAGGUAAUCGACUGUGAUAAAUUAGCUCAUGAACUGUACAGAAAAGGCACCGCUAUGGCAUCGAAAAUUGCGGAAACAUUCGGCGCGAAUGUUAUGCUGGAUGGUGUGGUGGACCGGAAGGCACUCGGACGAAUCGUUUUUGCCGAUAAGGAAAAGUUGAAGAUGUUAAACAAAAUAGUAUGGCCUUCAUUGCGAGCUGAAGUGAGGGAACGGAUCGCACAGAGCGAAGCAGAAUAUGUUGUUGUGGACGCAGAGAUACUUCUGGAAGCGGGCUGGGACAAGGAUGAUACGGUGCAUCAGGUGUGGAGCUGCAUCGUACCACAAUGUGUUGCCAAAGAGAGAAUUGUGGAACGCGAUCAUAUUUCGUUGGAGGAGGUCAGUUUCUGCAACUUUUGA